UUAGGGUUUCUCAGUUUCCUAACCCAAUUCUAUGUCCUUCUUUCUUCGCUCCUUAAUUUUCUUCGAUUAGAAAAACGAAGAAAUUUCCAAAUCCUCAAAUCGUCGGCUCUGUCAAUUUUCUCAUCAGAUAUUCUUCAUAGCCAGGGCUUUGAUGAGUUGGCGCUAUAUUCCGAAACGCUGAAAUUAUUAUUUUUUUGAUAAACAUUUGGUUGAAUUGAGGAUUAGAUUUUUGUUUUUUAUGUGGUGUUUUAUAUUAUGAUGGCGAUUGAGAAGAAUAACUUCAAGGUUUCACGGGUUGAUUCAGAGUUUUCGCCUGGUAGUAGAGAGACAACUGUGUCAAGUGAUGAGAAUGAGCUGCAACGUCAAAGCUCAGUUGUUGUUUCUGAUGGUGAUGAUGAUGGUGGUGGAUUUGAUGAUGCUGAUUCAGGGGCAGAUUCGGACGACUAUGAUUUACUGGAAUUAGGUGAAACAGGGGCUGAAUUUUGCCAAGUUGGGAACUGGACUUGUUCUGUUCCUUAUGAGUUGUACGACCUUCUUGGGUUGAAAGAUAUUUUAUCUCUUGAUGUGUGGAAUGAGUGUUUAAGCGAUGAGGAAAGAUUUAGUCUUACUAAGUUAUUACCCGACAUGGAUCAGGAUACAUAUAUGUGGACAUUGAAUGACCUUCUUAAGGGUUAUAAUUUUCAUUUUGGAAGCCCUAUUAAGAAGUUAUUUGAUAUGCUCAAAGGAGGGUUGUGUGAACCAAGGGUUGCACUUUAUCGAGAGGGCUUGAAUUUCUUUCAGAAGCGGCAGCAUUACCAUCAUUUGAGGAAACAUCAGAAUACUAUGGUUGUCAAUCUUUGUCAAAUAAGGGACGCUUGGGUUAACAAGUGUAGGGGAUAUAGUAUUGAGGAGCGGCUUCGUGUUUGA